CCCGGAACAGAUUUGAAGGUGCUGGAAGCUGUCUGUCAACGGUCAAUUGAGCCCCAUUCACCUCGUCACCAUGCUCGCACAGUCUAUCCGCGCUUCGCGCUCCUCGUUCGCCCGCCUCGCGCGGAGCCAAUUCAUCUCCAAGCGCACCAUCAUCACCCCGACUGCUGUCCGUCAAGCCGAUCUCGUGCAGGACAUGUACCUGAAGGAGCUCAAGGCCUACAAGCCCGCCCCAGUCAAGGCCUCCGACGCCGAGGGACACGUCCUCAAGUUCAACCCCCCCCAGACCCCUACCUCCCCCGAGGAGACCGACAUCGCCAAGGAGCUGAAGGCCUACGAGGACUCGACUGUUGAGAUCGAGGGCCAGGCUGAGGCUGGCUCCGAGGCUGCCGUGGAGCAGGAUUGGUUCGAGGAGCCCGAGGAGGAGUCUGCCAAGCACUAGAUUGCUCGCGCUGGUCCUAAAGACGGUUGUGAUGGUUUAGAACACUAUAGAGUGGUAUGAGAGGCCAUAUGUAUAUCAAUCCCGGCAUAGAUCUUGUACUUGAUCGUUACUUUGUGUCUUUACGCGUUUUUUGGCGAUUUGAGGGGUGUGUCUAUGCUACUGUGUUGUGAAUUGCUGUGAAAUUUCAAGAAUGGUUCGCCAAUCUGUUAAGCUGAUCCAAAAGGUGUAUUGCAUUCUUCAGUCCUCUACAACUUGAAUUAUAUGCACGUUGUGGGGUAUAUAGGUUGAUUUCACAGCUCUCCCCUGAAUAUUUAUCCUAACAAGAAACAACACCC